AUGGCUCGUGUCGAGCGAUUAUCUACUUCUCCAAUGGCUAUUACACCACCUCUAUCCAUCUCUUCAUCUCCGUCUACAUCUUCUGCAUCUUUUCCACCUCUUCCGAGCUUUCCACUUGCUGUAGAAGUGGCGUUAUCAAGCUCUGAAGAUGAUCAAGUACCGUCUCCAGGUGGUCCAGACUCUAUGGACUAUAAGACCGUAACAUUUACAGUAUCUCCACCUCCUUUAAUCCGUCGUGGGUCUCGUGAUAUCAACUGUACGCUCUUUUCAGAGCGUCAACGCUUUACACCCACUGCAGAUAAACUUGUGCUCGUUAUGGUGGGACUUCCGGCUCGUGGCAAGUCGUUUAUUGCAAAAAAGCUUUGGAAAUUCUUUUGCUGGAAAGGUCUCAAGUGUCGUGUAUUUAAUGUAGGACAAUUACGUCGCGCUACAAGUUCAGGAACUAAACAGGAUCAUUCUUUCUUUGAUCCGAGUAAUACUCAAGCUCUCGAAGAGAGAGAGAGACUUGCGCUCGAGUCUCUAAAACAGGUACAAUCCUGGUUUUUAGGCGAUGAUGGAGAAAAAGGGGGAGAUGUUGCAGUUUUUGAUGCGACAAACACGACAAAAACUCGAAGAAAGAUGCUGAGAGAGAUGUUUCAUGCUUUUGCCGAAGAGCAUACGACGAGUGUCCAUGUGGUUUUUGUGGAAAGCAUAUGCACUAGUGAAGCAGUGAUUAAUGCUAAUAUCAAGCAAAAGGUUGAAAGUAGUCCAGAUUAUCGCAGCAUGCCCGAGGAAGAAGCAUUUGCAGAUUUGAAACAGAGACUGAAGAAUUAUGAAGUCGCGUAUGAAGCACUGGAAGAUGAAGAAAAUUGCAGUUAUAUCAAGUUGUUUGACAUGCAGUCUAAAGUGCAUGCCAAAGGUAUUUACGGACAUGUGGCCAAGUCUAUUUUGCCUUACAUGAUGAGUUUUCAUAUUGAACAUCGCCCGAUUUGGCUUGUGCGGGCUGGACACUGUACCGAAGUGAGACGAGACUUUCGUGCCAUUAUAAAAGAUCCGUGCGUAGCACCACGGUCUGCGCGUUUGAGUGCACUCGGAGUAGACUUUGCGUACCGUCUCGGCGUGUUUGUGCAGCAGCGGACGGCGGUGUGGAUGGAAAAUGAAGGGAUCACCCCAGAAAAUGCCUCGACAGAGUGUCUCGUCAUGACAUCUACAUUGCCACGAGCUGUACAAACUGCAGACUUUCUUUCCAGCGGCAAGCGAAUGCAAAUGGCAACUCUGAAUCCGCUGGAUAAGGGCGAGUGCUAUGGAAUGACGAUGGAUCAGAUGAAGGAGUUAAUGCCGGAAGCAUUUGCUGCGUACGAAAAGGAUCCGUGGCGUACUCGUUUUCCCGGUGGUGAGUCCUACCAGGACUUGAUGCUGCGUCUGGAGCCCCUUCUUAUCGACAUCGAGCAGCACACAGGGCCAGUGCUCGUGGUUUCCCACAUUUCCACAUUGCAAGUGCUCUACUCGUACUUUUUAGGUGCGCCCAUCGAAAGCUGCCCAGGUUUGGAGAUUCCAUUCCACUCAGUGCUCGAGCUCGUGCCAAAUCAGGACGGCUGGACCAAGACUGUAUUUAACAUGCGUGCUUAG